AUGACAACAACUCAGGACCCGACGCCAUUCGACCUACCAGAGAUCAGGGAACACAUCGGUAGCUUCCUCGACCACACAGACAGACUCAACUCCAUCCUCAUCAACAAACAAUGGCACUCCUCAAUGACAUCCCUCCUCUGGGAAAAAGUCACCCUCGUCGACACCGACCAAGUCCUCGACUUGUCUCGCCAAAAGAUAUCCGUUCCCCUUGACGUCCUCCAAAAGAAUGCAGGGCUCGUCAAGACACUUAUCAUCCAGUCGGACAUCUUUACGGACUACUAUGAUAUUUCCUUCCCCAUCCUUCAGACUGUCGAUUUCUGGCCAAAGAGACCUGAGUCUUCCGACCCGAGUGCAGAGGCCUUUGAGGGGUUGACGAGACUCAUCAAGCAAAACCCGACGAUCAGUCAAUUGAAACUGGGCGUGUCCAAGGGUCGUUCACCUGCGCCGAACACGUUUUGGGAAGCAAUGGCCGAGGCACCCAAUCUGCAGUUGCUGGAGGCUCCGCGGAUGCGGAUUCGACACACGACCAUGCCGCUAUUCUGGAAGGCGACCGAGAACCUCAGGGUGUUGAUUGUCAACUUUGAGUCGGCACUACGAUUUGGGAACAGCGAUGAUGGGACCAGUGGACCGUUCGUGUUUCCGAGGUUGAGGCGACUCUCGCUCCAGGUCUCGCAAGGGGCGCAUAUCAUGGAGUCGGAACAAAUCCGAUUGAUGACACAGUGCCCGCAAUUGGAGACCCUUGACUGGAUCCCGGACCAAGCAUUCUCCCCCGAAAAGUUCUUGGAGUGCUGCAGAGCAGAGACGUGGCCGAACCUCGAGGGAUUGACACUAGCACGAUUGGACCAGUACACUGACUCGGACAUCAAGGUCAUUCUGGACUCCAUGCGCAGGAAGGUUAUGAUCCUCGGUGUCUCGCAGUCAGGAUUUGGACCACGCUCGUUUGAGGCCUUACGACCACACUUCUUUUCAGGAAUCAUCGAACUGGAUCUAAGCUAUUGCAGUGCGGUGACGAGUCUGAUGAUUGUGGAGGUGCUGGCGUCUUGUAAAAAGUUGCGCAAGUUUGCAGCUGGAUGUGUGUCAGCCAAAGACCUUGUCGCAAGUCCACCUUGGAUCUGUGGCUCUCUACGAGAACUCUGGAUUUAUUUCGACAUGAGCAACGGCUCGUCUGCAGCACAGGAGGUGGAGGAGGAGGCGUUAGAAAGGACACAACGACAGAUCUUUGAGCGCAUCUCUGGUCUAGAGAUGCUCCAGUCCUUCAGUCUCAGCGACCCCACGCGCGAGAUCCCAAUACAGUCGUUAGAUCUUCGGUUAGGUAAAGGUCUCGAGCUGCUCUCCAGUCUUCGCGAGCUCAAGGGGAUCCAUUUUCACGGAACUCAGCAAUGGAUGCGUACUGAGGAUGUUGAGUGGAUGCUGGACCACUGGGAGCAUUUACAUUGGAUGGGAGGGGUGAUGGAUAUGGUUGAUGAGGGACGUAACGAUGCGUUGGUCGAGAUGAUUACAGACCGGGGUGUCUUCUUUGCUAGGUGA